CUAUAUUGACCAGCUAUGGCCAUGUGCAGGGUGGAAGAUUCCUAUCAGAAUUUACUCAGGCUGGUGUUAGAGAGGGAGUCGCGCCACCAGUCCCGAAUGGCCCAGAAGCACAUUGCCGUGUCCACAUGGCUGGAGGCCCUAGGGAUGCUGGAGUACCUUGCCACCUUCCACCAGUACGGAGGAGUCGAGGAACUGCUGUACAUACAGGAGGCUGAGAUACGAGACCUCGGCAUCAAGAACAGUGCUCAUCGAGCCAAACUUGUCUCCAGUCUGAGAAUCCUACGGGACAAGUACCAGAAAGGCAGGCUACACUGCAGUGUCAGUGGACGAACGUCUCCAUCAUCUGCGUUGCAACAGCAUCUACAGACCAGCCCUCCAUCUCCUCUGUCUCACCCCGACUACCACAGCCUUCAGGUGUCGCCAGAGAAGCUCCGACAAGAUCUUCAGAGGGAGCUCAAUGCAGAUCCAUCUGAGCUAAAGAGCAGGUCCUGGUACCAUGGUAACAUCUCCCGGCAGCGAGCUGAAACCCUGGUUACCGAGGAUGGUGAUUUCCUUGUGAGAGACUGUAUAUCUCGACCAGGAGACUUUGUGUUAACAUGUUGCUGGAAGGCUGUCCCACUCCACUUCAUGAUAAACGCUUUAGUUGGAGAUUCUCUUCUCGGUGCCCUACCAAAGAUCUAUUAUCAAUUUGAAGAUGAGUCUUUCAAUAGUAUUCAGGUCCUAAUUCAUUACUACCAAUCCAAAGGUAAGCCCGUGACAAAUGCAUCAUCCGCUGUGCUCAGAUCACCCAUUGCACGUUCUAUGCCUCUGAGUUACUAUGACUCCAAGUACGGAGCACUGACAAGCCUUGCUGCUGUGAACAUUUACUCAUCGAGACAAAGCCCCAGAGGAAGCCCACUAUCCACUCCUACAGGUAGCCCUUUUGGAAGCCCUGGAAUGAACCGAAAAGGUCCCAAACGAACCGGCAGUCAACCCUUGUUGUCUAUGGAUGACAUGGGGGAUGACAGAAGCCGGUCGCCCUCAAUGGACCGAUGUGACAGCCUACCUAUGAUCAACACGCCAACAGCAAGCCCUCAGCUGUCCGGUAGGAAAGAGUUCCAGCCUGUUUACCACCAACGGGCAGGGAGUGAACCAGUGCUGACCCCGAAUGGUGGCCUGGCUCCUUGUCCACAGAACGGGACUGAGAAGGGAGGGUCUGACAGUGACCUCUCCAAACCACCACCACCCAAACCCAGCCGCAUACCUUCAGUGAAAUACAAGCAGCGGCCUGUGGUGGAGGUUCGCAACAAGUUUCUGUAUGAAGACGACGGCCGGGAUUACUCCGACUAUUGUCAGGUGAAAGAGAGUCCGAGCUGGCUGACUGAUAAUCAGAACAAUGUGAUGAACAGAGUAAAACAACUGAACAGCAGGAGGCUAGACAAUGACCCCCAUGGGGACAAAGACAUUUAUGAUAAUAAUUUCAACAAUCUUAAAAAAACACUUACAAGCACACCCAAUAUGAAAAAAGAUCCGGCAUCAAGAAUGAGACUUUUCUCAGACACAAGGUUUUCCGUGAUUGAUACAAGUGAGCCAGACUCACCUAACGACAUUGUGAUGGACAACCAAGGUCCAGAGAGCUGUGUUUACGAUGUCAAAUACCUUAGGCAAAGGAAAAUUACAACACCUAAGGUCAAAUCUCAUAUGAGUUACUCAGCGUAUGACUUUAAAACAAGUUUAUUACAAAGCGAUAAUAAGCCUCUGGAUGCUUCUUCGAUGAUCUCAGUCAAGACGAUUCUGUUGGACGGAAGUCCUAAAGUUAUUGCUCAACAUAUGACCAAAGUGGACUUACAAUCGCUCAAUAUUCUGAAGGAACAUGACUUUGGUGUUGGAGUGCAGUCUGGGCUGGAACUGCUGACCUUGCCUCAGGGGAAGCAACUGCGGCAGGACUUGAUUGAAAGAUGUCAUUGUAUGAAGCUGCUGGUGAUGGUGUCCACACUGACCUGCGCGACAACGACGGAGCGGGCUCGGAUGGCCAACCAGUGGAUCCAGAUUGCAAGUGAACUCAAGACCACCAUGGGGAACUUGUUUGGUUUUGUCAGCGUCAUGGAUGCCCUGGUGUCACAACAGAUUCAAAGGCUAAGGGACAUGUGGCUGGUUCUCCGACAGAAUCACACAGGAAGCGCAUACCUGUUCGACACGAAGCUCAAAACAGCAUACAGUGCCCUUAAUGAUGGGAGCAGUUCUCUCCCCCUUGCAAAAUGUGUGUAUUCCUCAUAUAAGCCCGGUGGUACAUUUGUUGGAGCGAGACCUGGACUCUGUCAUGAGCAAUCUUCCAGGGAGAAUAUGGACAAGGCUCUGUUUGGUACAGAAAUAUUUCUCGCUCAUUUGGACACUGCACGUAUCAUUGCAUCCCAGUUUGCUCUCUACCACAUUGUCGGGAGCUCUGUGGUCAGUGAAAUGAAAGAAAAUAAUGAAAUGACAGACGUGUUCAAAACUGAAACGCAGUUGAGGUUGUUUUGGGGACUGAAAGGUUGUGGUGUCAAUCGUUCCGAUCGCCACAGCAAGUUUGAUCAACUGUUGACAGUAUUGUCCGAUCGAGCGGAACCCCCAGGAGAUGAUGGAACGGCAGUGUAAAGGAUUCUGGGAACUUGUGAACUUCGUGCUUGUUGCGUGUAAAGACAGCUUGUGUAUUGAUGGUGCUAAUUGGUGUCAUAUGAUGGAGCUUUUUAUUAGGAAAGUACUACAUCGGUUUCCAGUUUGCCAAGUUUUGUUUCAAUCAUUUUAUUAUGUUAAAAAUUAAGUUUAUAUUAUCAGCCCAUUUAGUACAGACAGUUAUUUUGCUUGUUGCCAUGUAGGUUUCGAUGUAUGUUACAAUUCAGUUUGCAAACAAUUUGAUGCUACGAUUCAUUUUUUUGUUUAGUGUAACUUUCAUCAAAGAUGAGAACUAAGAAUGCCAGGUUCUGAAGAAGGUUAAUGGACUGUUGUGUGCUGCAGCUUUCCUGAUUGUGUCACACCAUAAGCCACCUACAAGGUGUGAACGCUUGUUAUUAAAUGGCACAAUACUUUACCUAUCAAGGUGGUCAGCAAAUGAUGGAAUCUGGACAAGACAAUCUAGUUUCGGAUGAUGUGUACAAUGAUCUACAUGUUCCAAAUCACCAAACCUGACCACCCAAUCCACAUGGUCCAGGAAUCCCGACAGCGCUCACCCUCAUGGCCAAUUUCCUGUUUUUUGUGACACAGCUGAAAUAUCAGGUAGUUGUAUGACACCUCCACGACCCUUGGACCAAGGCAGUUGGGUUUUUAGCACAUCAAAUUUACUAGUUAUUUUAAUGAAAUUUUAAAGGUUGUAUCUCUUCUUGGGCUUCUUUGUAUUACAUCUCUUGAGUUUCGUGUAUUGAAAAAAUUUUAUUUUGACAAAAAUCUCAUUGGGAAUUUAAUAACAACUUAUACUGAAGAGUUUUAUGUAAGUGCUGUUGACAGCUUCAUAGGUUUUCAGACAGUGUCAAAAUGUCUUACCAAGAGCUUCCCACUGUUGGAUACAGUGUGGGGUUGCAAAGUCCCCAUAUUUUCCCACAUUUGACAUUUUAACUGUGGCCUUGGCGAAGUCACCAAGUGGCACAUGACAAGGGUAUUACUAUAAUCCAUCAACUUUCUAAAUCCUGAUCCUCCUUCAGUAAUAAGAAGUCAUUUGGGCAAAUUUUAUGGAAGCUUUAAUUGAAUUAAAUAAUUUUAAGAUUUCAUCUUAUUAGGUAUUCAAUUAUUGGAAGGGUGGCGCAGUCAUUUAAAGCUAAGGUUCAAAUAUUGGUUCGUCACCCAGAUUAUGGUUCUAUGUAUAUCAACACCAUACCUGUGCUCAUGAGUUUUGCCACACUGGUACACCAUGGAGACAUGCAUCACUUUUUGUUUUCCCUGCUGGAAUACGGCUCAACGCUGUUCAGUAAACCCAGCACGAACUACUCAAAACUCGCCUCUUUUCUUAAGUACAGUAAGUUUUCUGGUGGUUGUAUGAAACCAUAUUCAUCAGUCAGUGGUGACUCAGAGGUCGAACGGAGACAAUGUCAAGUCAGCGAAGGAAGAUUUGUAUGAUUAUUUCAGUUUGAGCAUAUAUUUUUUAGGCAUACUCAAUUUUGGUGUAUGUAGAUUAUCUGAGUUUCCUCAUACAAGCAGAACAAAGAUUUGAUCAUUCCUACAGCAUACAUCAACGUCCUUCACGAUAUCUCAUUUCUACUUAUCAGGUCCUGUGAUUAUUUACAUAUUAUCCAUUCAAAUGGCUAGGAUUACAUCUCUUUUCAACCUUUUUUUUUUUCAUUGUCUCAAUUGUGUAUUGACAAGUUUUACAUUAUCAGUAAUGUAUCAGGUUAUGAGGGAAAUGUCUUGGUAUAUGGAGGAUAAGAUAAAUUGAUCAAUUGGCAAGAAUACAAACUUUUCAUUUUAAAAUGUUCUCUUGACCAUAUAAUAUAGGAGUUGACAUUUUACAGUAACACAAAAAACACCCAUAUUACCAUAAAAGCAUAAGGAUUUAAAUGGUUGUUUAAUGAAAUGCCAAUAUGUUAUUUACAAAUGUGAAUAAAUAAUUCAUAAU